AUGAUCUCUUCCUCGAUCGUGUCUUCAUCCCCGUUACAGAAUGCUGCUUUACAGAGCAACAUCAGCAAUUUAGUGACAAUCGACUCUCCCGCAUCGUCAUCAGCAUCAACCAGCCACUUCCGUUCCCAGAGUUUCGAAUCUUUUGCCCCGCCGAGCAAGGUUCGCCGAUUGGACGGUCAUUUUUCGCCCCUCGAAAAUCCCAAGGAGACAGAAGGAUUGACGGAGGAGGAGGGAGUGAAAGAGAAGGGGCAGUUGUUCCACCAGUUACGUUCUUCCGCGCCUGCUUUCUCCCGCGAUCUCGCUGAUUCGUCGCAUCUUCUUCUUGACGCUGAGCCUUGCCACGCUCGAGGGUCCUCGCCCAAGCCCUCUCUCGCCUCUCUUCCCUCCGAGCUUGUCCGCGUUAUAGUCUCCCUCGUUGACGCGCCAAGAGACCGCGGUUGCUGCGCACUCGUCUGCCGGGCCUGGCGCCAAUGGGAGCGUGCCACGCGUACCCAGCUACACCUGCGCGGAAGCCUCAGCGACCUUCCGAGCCUGGGGACGUGCUUCGACUCGGUGACGGACCUGGACCUGGCUGAUGUCCACCCUGAUUGGCCAGGUUCGGAAGAAGAACUUCGGCAGGUCUUCCGAACGUCGUUUCCGAACCUCCGCCGCGUCCGAGCCAACGUCAGCCCAUCUGGCUUGGAAUACGUGCGCCAGUGCUGGCCGAAGCUGGAGAACAUCGUGAUUGGCCACUGGGAUGGCCUGGACGAGGGUUUGGAGGCGCGCCACGUCAGCAGUUUAGUGUCCCGUUGCCCUAAAGUCGACUCCAUCGAUCUUUCCUGGAGCAGGCACUGUGACUUUAACGAGUUGCCGAAGCAGCUGAGCGAUUACAAGCUGGGGAGGAUUCGCGUGCUGAACCUGCUGGGCGGGCCUGCUCCGUUAAGGGAUGACGCGUUAGAGGUGUUUGGACGGGGUGCUUUCCCGGGCCUUGAGGAGCUGAGUUUCGCGAUGGCGGAUGGUGGCGUCACUGAUAUGGGGAUCGCGAGUGUGGCGCGUGGGUGCCCGGCUCUGCGCGUGCUGCGCAUUGAAGACGUGGCGCACGACCUCAACGACAGCGACGAGGGGGACGCGGAUGGGGUGGCGGAUGGGGUUGCUGAUGGGGACGGCAUUGGAGACACUGAGGACGCGGCUGUGGAUGGGCCUUGGGGCGCUUUUGGUGGCUCAGUAGCAGCAGCAGUAGCAGUAGUUUCAGAAGCAACAGUAGCAGCAGCUGCAGCAGCAGCGGACGCAGCAGAGGUUGAGCAAGUGGAUAUUGAGGGUUUGGAUGAGUAUGUGCCUUUUCCACCUGCUGCUACCACGGGCAUAUCAGCCGUAGCCCUUGCCUCUACUCUCGGGCCAUCUCCCCUCCCCCAGUCCUCCCCCUCUCCUACCUCCACCGCGUUUCUUGCUGCUGCUGCAACGUUGGCUGCUGUGGCUGGUAUUGCUUCUGUUGCUGCUGCCACUCCACCUGCUCAAUUCGCCACUCUUGCACCAGCACUGCCGCCGCCAGUCCCGACGGCGUGCCCAACCUACCCAAUCACCGCCGCUGCACUGGAGAGUCUGGCUCGGCACUGCCCGAGCCUGGAGGAGCUGUGCCUGGUGCCGUCCUUCUGUGUGCACCGCAGCGGGCCGGCGGUAGAGGCGCUGGCUGCUGGAUGCAAGUCACUGCGUGUGCUGCGACUCACUCGGUUUUUGGGGCUCGGUCGAGGGGUGCUGGCUGUUGGCGAAGCAGUAGAGGGUGUGGCGCAGAGGGGAGGUGGGCAGGAGGAGCAGGAGGAGCAGGAGAAGCAGGAGGAGCAAGAGGCAGUUAAGCAGGAAGAGCAGUCGCAGCAGUUUCAGCAGCAGGAGAUGCAGCAGCAGCAGCAGCAGCAGGCGCAGCAAUGGGAUGGCCAGUUCGGCUCAGCCUCCCCUUGCGCUCCAUUCGUCGAUGAACCUUUGAGCUUCCCCUUGGCGGCAGACAAUGGUGGUAACCCGGAUGGUAGUAAUUUGGAUGGUGGUAACCCGGAUGGUGGUAACCUGGAUGGUGGUAACCUGGAUGGUGGUAAUCUGGAUGGUGGUAACCUGGAUGGUGGUAACCUGCAGGAGUGGAUGCAGUGGGAUAGCGCCCCUUCGUUGCUGCCUCCCACCUUGGAUGGCUUCAGCAGCGGCUGGGAGGUGGACGAUUCUCUGCUUGCGGACCUGCAGCAGUGGCAGCAGCUGCAGGCGCAGCAGCAGCCGCAGCAGGAGGAGGAGCAGCAGCAGCAGCAGGGAGGCCUGCUUGUUGCAGCUGCCGCAAGCCUUGACACCUACAUCACCGGUAGCACUAGCAUCGAAACUAGCAGCACUAGCUACAUGACCAACAGCUUUGCGGCCUGCCCCAGCGCCCUCCCUUGUACUAGUGGCUGCACCAGCACCGACACCAGCACCAGCACCACUGGCUCUCCUCGCGUCCCACCUUCUCCCCGGUCCCAACCUCCUAUACUCCCACCCCUCGCUCAGUUCGCAGCACUAGAGGAGUUGGAGCUGCAGAUGUGCUCCGACAUGACAGACAGGGACGUGCAGGCUGUGCUAGAGGGGUGCCCCAAGCUGCGGAGGCUCGAGGUGGUGGCGAAUCAUCGGCUGUCCGCCCGCGCGUUUGCGCUGGGCUGUGCUGUGUGCGCUGCUGGGGGGCAGUGCGAAGUGGCUGCGGCUGGUGGGAGCUGCAGGGCGCGAGGGCGAGCGCUGGAGAGCGUGAGAGUGAUGCAGUGUGACAAUGUGGAUUCGCAUGCGCUGCUGCACGCACUCAUGCCAGCGCGCACAACCCUCAAGGGCAUUCAGAUGACCGCCUCCUGGACCCACACCAGCCCCCCGCUGCCCCUCGCCUGCUUCUCCGCUCUCGAGUCUCUCUGCCUCGAAGUUUCUGUAGACGCCUCGCUCUCUCCCUUGCUCAGCCCUCUUUUUCCUUACCCUCUCUUGCUGUCCCCCUUUCCUCCUCCCUGCUCUCCUGUACAACCCUGCUGGUCCUCCCCCCCUCUCCUCGCCCAUCUCCGUUGCAGUGCUGGCUUGGCCUCCUGCCCCAACCUCAAGUUCUUCUUCCUCUCCCUCUACGGCGCUCUGGAGCAAGACACUCUUCCGCUCCCACCCCACCACUACUCCCUCGCCUUCCUCUCCCAGCCCCCCGCGCUCACCUACCUCUUCCUCUCGCUCGAAGGAGUCCAGUCUGCCACCGCUCCCGCCUUAGCCUCGCUCGAGCUCGCGCUGCUAGCCUCCUGCCCAUCGCUCGCUAUUCAAGAGAUUGAAUUCCGCCCCGCGCCCUGCCCGGUAGCCUCUGCUCCGCUGUGCCUAGACCUGCUCUCUCCUGAUGCUGCUCGGCUGCUGUCCCUGUCGCCGUGUCUCCGGCGGGUGACUCUAGGGGGAGUGGUGCAAGAGCCGGCGAUGGUGAAGCUUCUGAGAAGCCGCACAUUGCGGGAUGUGGUGUUUCUCACGCCGCCAGACUGCUCGGACACGUUUCGGAGCUUCUUUGAGUCGGUUCUCAAGUCGAGGGGGUACACGGAUCAGCCAAGGAGUGGAGCGGAGUGUGGCUUGGAUGGUGCCAGCAUCAUCUACUGGAAGUUCCUGUAUCCGCAAAUCAAGAAGCACGAGGAUAAGAUCGACAGUGCUGUCUCCGCGGGUCAGAAGAGAGUCAUGCGCAUGAAGGAUCAAUGGGCCAGCAUCCCGGUCACGUCGUCGUCAGCCACAGUGAGCAGCCGACCAUCCGUGGCAGAGAAAGUCACGUCGUCAUCAGCCACAGUGAGCAGCCGGCCAUCAGCGGCAGAGAGAGUGCUACAGGAGAUGGAGGCAGGGGAUGCAGGGGAGAAGGGCGAAUAA